AUGUCCUCCGAGUACUUCUCUAGCUGGCGGCCGCGGCCUAUAGACCGCGAAGCAGGACCAGGGACAGUACACGUUUUGCCCAAGCCAGGGCCGCAAGGGAAGGAUCUCAACAACUUACCCCGGUCCUAUAGACUUCCUGCCGAAGGGUGUCAGGCCGGUCAAUCAUGGCACUCCCGGAACCUACCCCUUGAUGACAUAUCUGGGUGUACUGUGACACAUUUUGGUAAUUCACAAGUAAUAAGUUCCACCGAAUUACAAGAAUCAGAUGAUGGAGCCCAUAAAAGAAUUAUCAAAAGAUAUUAUACUCUGGAUUAUCGGUGCAGAGAGAUUUAUAUCCCGAGCGAUAUUAUACACGAGAUCAAAGCAAUUUUGAAGGCAGAUCGAAUGGACCUUUUUCAGAGGUUUCUGGGAUGGUAUACAUGUGAAGGGCACACUUUCCAAUUCUACUCGGUGUAUUUCGCGAUGGAAUACUUUGAGAACGGACACCUUGGCCAAUUCAUGGGCGCUACGUGGCUAAAGAUAAACGCAAGAUCAAUCACAGAACAACUGUUAAAAGGAUUAUCUGUGCUCCACUCCCGAGAAAUAUUCCACCCAAAUAUGGAACCUAAACACGUGCUCAUCGCGUCAUGGGAUCCGAUCCGUGUCAAGAUAGGAGGCCUCGAACGGUCGAUAUUCAAACAGGAAUACGUUUUGGGUCAGAAUCUUGAAUGGCUUUGUUACCAGAUCCCAGAGAUCGAGUUAUUCGCAUCGGUGGGUUCGAAGGCGAAGUAUUCUCGGAAUCUCGAUGCUAUGGACAUGUGGACACUUGGAUGUCUUUUAUACGAAAUGCUUUUUUCCAAACCUCCAUGCUGUUGCGGUGUUCUUCAAAGUUGCAAAUGCAUGGGAUUGUCAACUGAAAGAUCGAUUAGUUUUCCAUGGAGUUUUGAUGAUUGUGGUUUGAGAAAUAUUGACUUCCCAAUAGACCUAUUGAGAGAUAGUUCUGUGGAGGAGAUCAAGCAGAACCAUGGAGAUUUUAGAAUUCAUGAAGUCGUUGUUAACGUUCAGUACGGAUUCAAGAAUAACAACAGAGGAGGCAUUGAGUGGUCACCACAGGCUAAGUGGAUCCAGGGAGCGCGGAUUGGAAGCGGUGGAUACGGUACUGUCUGGCUUCAAAGGUCCCCGUGUGGUAGCCACGAAAGGGCUGUCAAAGUCUUUCAAAAUAAAUACGAUGGGUCUAACUUGAGGGAGAUAGAAAUAUUGACGAUGGUAUCAAGUCGAGAUCUACAACCCUAUUUUGUAAAGUUUCUGGGAUGGUAUGAAGAGUUGAAUUCAACAUAUAUCGCAAUGGAAUACAUCAAGGAUGGAGACCUUAGCAAAGACAUCGGUACUCCAUGGCUCGCAGAGGCGGGGAACACAAAAGAAAUCACAAAACAACUCUUGGAAGGACUUUCUGCGCUCCACUCGCUAAAGAUUUGCCACCGAGAUAUAAAGCCACCAAAUGUGCUCAUCGCUUCCCGACGUCCGGUCCGUGUCAAAAUCGCAGACUUUGGGUUCUCGAAACACCAAACCGGCACCGUUCUCCGAACGGCCGACGGAACCGAGUUCUACUCCGGCACCGCUCUCCGAACGGCCGGCGGAACCGAGGGCUACUCUGCCCCAGAGACGAUGGGCUAUACACGGGAAGAAAUCAAAGGCUUAGAGCAGUGUGAUGUGUAUACCGAAGCUGCCGAUAUGUGGUCCCUCGGGUGCCUCCUAUAUGUGAUGCUGACUUCCGAGCUUCCGUUCUUUCGUCGCAUCUCCCUUGAUGACUCAACGGAGAGUGGAAUUAUUGUGUCGACCCUCAAACAUGAGCCGGACGUGAAGUUGCUGAUUGCAUUCUGUAAUGGAAGGAACGAGAUUUUGAUGGAAUUGUUAGAGAAAUUUGACUUGGAGGAGUGGGCGGUUGAACUUUUGCAAGAACUACUGGUGCCGCAUCCGGAGGAGAGGAUACCUGCGGAGCGUGCUUUAACAAGUCGCUGUUUCCAGAUAUCACCUAGGGGCAGUGAUUCGUAUUCUUGGGGGAAUGGAUCAGAAGAUCUUGAAUUUUGA